AGCACGCGUCAGGACAGGACGGGACAGAGCAGUGCUGUGAGGAGUCCUCGCACAGCGCACUCGUUCGUGUCUGACCCAGAGAUUUCUGAGGCGUUACUCCUGCAGCUGACCUCAAGGCCAGACCACAGGACUUGCUGACCUGUGGCCUUCCUGAGGCUUCUCUUCUGCAGGUGCCCUCGAGGGCAGAGCGAGGGACUUGGUGCCCUGGAGGCAUCUCCCAUCCCUGCCACCAGUGCCCUUGAGGCAAGAGCACAAUCCUUGACAGGAGUCUCCUGUCCUUGUGGCAGGAGCCCUCGAGACCAGAGCGCAGGACUUGCUGUCCUGUAGCCUUCCUCAGGCUUCUCUCUUGAAGGUGCCUUGCAGGCACGAAAGCAGGACUUGCUGACUCGGAGCUUUUCCGAGGCAUCUCUCCUGCAAGUAGCCACAAAUCCAGUCACUGACAUGGAGCAGAAACCCCUAAGAGUGCCCAAGCUGGCCGGGGUGGAGGAAGAGGACAAAGGCCCUGGAGCUGCCCCAGGGCAUGAGACUGAAGAGGUGGUGCCAUUCAAGCAGCUGCAGGAGGAUGCAGCCCUGGAGCGGACACAAGAACAGGAACCCGCCCGUGGCCGCUUCCGCAGAACAGCGCAGACCAUCCGUCAAUUCAUCACGUGCAUUUGGCAGGAAGAGAGCACAGGUGUGGGCACCGGGAUCUUGGCAAGCUUUCACCUCUUCAGUGCCGAGACCAGUGCUGCCAUGCUGGAUUUGCUGGUGGAGAAGGGUGUCUCCAAUGCAAAGCAAGUGCCAGCCAUGGUGAGGUACAUCCACCGGUGGCUCACGGCCAACGAGUCUGCUGAGCACAGGCUGGACAAGGCCCUUCUGGAGCUGACCAAGGAAUACCCCUCUGACGUGCUGAUCACUCUCUUGCGCUGGGCCCCAUCGUGUGACAGAGCUGCCGUGACCAUGUGGGGGACCAUCAUGUCCUCGAGCAGGACCGCCGAGCCGGCGCUGCAGAUCCUCCUCGAUGUGCUGAGUGCCUGGCCAGAGGACAGCGUGUACACCUCUGAUGGGGACAGCACAGGGGUCUUUGCCCUGGCUGCAACAGUGACAAUGUGGAGGGUCUUCAAUCUGACCUGGUGCCCACCUGUAGUGCAGGUAUAUUUCCCCAAUCUCCUUCUGCGUCUGCUCUUCCAAGCUUACAUCAGCACGCUGGAUAUGCCAGAAGAGGUGGAUACCUUCUGGAAGAGAUGCCAGGAGCAACACGACCUUGCUGCCCACCCCAACAGCUUUGCACUGCAGACCCUGAAGGCCCUGCUCUGCCAAAUGCAGUACGAUGACGUGGUGCUAGCAAUGGAACGCAGGUGUGCCUGGAACAUGCUGCUCUGUGCCCACACCCACCACUAUGCAGUGGGUCUGCUGGCCAGGGAGAUGCGCCGUGUCUCCAUCAUCUGGCGCUGCAGGAUCGCAUCCUGCCUCUUUGACCUACUCAGCCAAGACAUUUCAGCCUGGGAACUGCCCGCCCUGACGUUCCUGGUGGAGGUCCUGGACUGCCUGGACUUGAGUGAAUGCGGUGAAAAGGUCCUGCAGAUCAUGACAAGGCACCUGAAGAGACGGUCCAGAGAGAUGCGUCGCGUGGCGCUCAGAGGCCUCGUGGUGCUCAGCCAGGACCCCUCGAUGAACCAAAGAAUGUACAGCCUGACUGAAAGCCUUGGCAACCUCCUGCGGGCCGUGGAUGAAGACAUUGUUGAGAUGACCGUCGUUGUUCUCAGCUCUCUGCUCUUCAACAAAGAGAUAGCAAUAGCCAGCCCCAUCGCCCUGCAGCUGGCUGAGGCGCUCUGGCAACUCUUCGACAAUGACAACAGCCUUGUGAAGCUGCUCUCCGUUCGCCUCUUCCAAGAGGUGAUGAACUUGGUGGUGGCCAAGGGAAAAAAGCCCCUGAAGAAGCAUGUGAGGCAGAGCCUGCUCCCACUCUUCUUCAACUGCCACGAUGAGAACUGGGGUGUGGCACAGGCCUCUCGGGAAACGCUGCUUUCUGCAGUAAGGUUCCUGAAGAGAAGGGAUCUUCAGCACCUGGUGAACACAGAUCAGAUGUGGAGCUUUGCCGAGCGCUUGCUGGCAGAGGACAGGAGCCGAGCGGCCGAGCACCUGCGCCGGGCCCUGCCCUACCUGCAGAGCCCACAGGAGCCCCUGCGAGAGGCGGCCGUCAGGUUCAUGGGGAUCGCCGGGCGCUGCCUGAGAGGACAGCAGCAAGAGUUCCGGAUCCUCUGCAGGGCCCUUCAGGACAUGGCGAAUGACGCCAGCCCCGCCAUCUCAUGCCUGGCCCUUCAAACUCAUUACAUCAAUUUAGCUGUGCAGGCCAUUCCCUCCUCCCGACUCCAGAAUGUGCAAGAUCAACUCCGCCGGCUCUGGAAGUCACGGCCUUUCCCGUGUCGCCGGGGCUGGCUGUCCUGCUGCAGCGCUGUGGAGAACUGUUCCGCCAGGCUGCGUCUGCUGGGGCCACCUGAGCCUGCGGGGACCAACCCCUUCUGAAAGCACUUCCUUUCACCCCAGGAUAGCAUUAAUAAAUUGCUGUUGUCAUACCCGGAGGUCCAGGAGCUUUCUCUUGGUGCCCAGAUUCUUCAGGCCAAUGGGGAGGAGUGGAAAAAGGGCGCUUGCACUCGGCAAGUUGCCCAAGUAUGCGGUGGGCAAGGGAAAGUGGCCAGAAGCCCCUUGGCCUUUGGUGGUGCUGCUGAACGUUUUUCUUCCUGCUUCAAGUCUUCUGGAGCUGUGGGAACAAGUGUGUUCUGUGUCCGUGGAACAGCAGAAAGCGGCAGGAUGUGUCUGCUUCCAGUGCUUCUCUUGGCUCUUCCUUCACACUGCUGGCCCCGUCAUCAGGGACACAGAACGGCUUCUCUCAUGCCAGCGUUAUCCCAGUCUUCUGCAUUUCCCCAGGUUCCUCCCAGCUUCACCAGGGAAAUUCUCUGCUCGUGCCUGUCCAUUCCCUUGCCCAGAAGGCAGCACCCGCUUGUCUUUGGACAUGAGCUGCUGGCCACAGCCAGCCAGGCAGCAACCGGAGCAUUGGGCAUCAGAUGCUGGGCUGAUGUUCUUUCCCAGAAAGCAAGAAAAACAGAAGGACACAAGGGAACUUGACAGUAUCUCUGUAAGAAUGUCAUUGUCCUCUGGAAGUCAACAGUGGAUGGUGUUUUUGUGCUGCAGAUUAUCACUUCCAAGCAAAAAUCAUUCUAGGAAGGAGCAACAGCUUUUGACAGCUACCAAGUGUGGCUACCAAGUGCUGCUCCAGGUGCUCCUGCCUGCAGCCACCUGCAGAAAGGAUCCCAUAGACACCAAGGCACGUUGGCUUUGGCUGUCCUCUGGCACA